AUGCUUCGGCAGCUCCCGCCCGGGCCCCGCUGCCCGCCCCCCGCUGCCCGCUCUGCUCCGCACAGGGGCUGCCCCCGCCCCCGCUGCCCCCUCCGCGCCUGUGCGCCCCCGCGGGAGACCGGCUGCGCGCGGAUGGGCUCGGGAGGCGCGGCGGGAGCUCCCUCCACGCCGUCACCGCGGAUCAGAGGAGGGUGCGGAGAGGGGGAACCGGUUUACAAUUUCAAACGCAGCCUCCCCGCAGAGGGCUUCAUUAGCAUAUGUCAGGGGGACCGCCGUAUAUAUAUAUACACAUGCGGGGCGUAUGAACACCACCUCGCCGCCUGGCUCGCACCGGUACGGCUAGCUAGGCUCAGCACGGCUCGGCUCUGCCCUGCCGGCUCCCCAUGCUUGGGGUCCCGCCGUGCACCCCCACAUGCCCGCCGGGAAAGGCCAGCAGCCGCUCUCCGCGCCCUAGCCCACUCGCCCCGUGCCCCCAUGGCUCCGCUGUCCGAAGUGGGGGGCUUCCUGGGCGGCCUGGACGGCCUGGGGCAGCCCGUGGGCACUCACUUCCUGCUGCCACCCGCCGGGGAGCGCCCGGCGCUGCUCGGGGACCGACGGGCACCGGCGGAGCGGGCGGCCCGCGGCGGUGCGGCAGCGGCGGCAGCUGACCUGGCGCACUUGCAGGGCAUCCUGCGAAGGCGGCAGCUGUAUUGCCGCACCGGCUUCCACCUGCAGAUCCUGCCCGACGGCAGCGUGCGCGGCACUCGCCAGGACCACAGCCUCUUCGGUAUCCUUGAAUUUAUCAGUGUGGCAGUGGGACUGGUCAGUAUUAGAGGCGUGGACAGUGGCCUUUACCUCGGAAUGAAUGAGAAGGGAGAGCUCUAUGGCUCUGAGAAACUAACUGCUGAAUGCAUCUUCAGGGAACAGUUUGAGGAAAACUGGUAUAACACUUACUCAUCCAAUGUCUACAAACAUGGAGAUUCAGGGCGGCGGUAUUUUGUGGCACUUAACAAAGAUGGUACUCCCAGAGAUGGGGCAAGGUCCAAAAGACAUCAGAAAUUUACACAUUUCUUGCCCCGGCCUGUGGAUCCUGAAAGAGUUCCAGAACUGUACAAAGAUGUGUUAGGAUACAGCUGA